AUGGCUCCAAAACGAUUAUGCAGCUUCACUGACAAACUCCAAAAUGAAUUUCCAUUCAUUAAAAAGGUAAAAACCGACAAUAAUUUUGAUGUGCAAUGUACUGUAUAUUUGAGUACAUUUUCAGUUAGCCAUGGAGGGAAAACUGAUAUAACAUAUCAUAUGAAAUCCAAUAAACAUAAAAUAGCACAAAAGGCUGCAUUGACAUCUGGCAAAGUAAAUAAUUUUUUUACACCAUUAAAAGCUAAUGACGAAUCAUUGAAAUUAGCGGCCAAAGAAAUAACCUUAGCUUUUCAUACUGUUAUGCAUAAUCAUAGUUUUAACUCAAUGACUUGUACAGCAGAUCUUAUUCGUCUUUUAUUUAAUGAAAAAAAAUUUACUUGUGCUAAGACAAAAACCCGUGACCUAAUAGUAAAUAUUUUAGCUCCUUUCGCAAUGGAGAAUACUAUUGAAGGUUUAAAAAAAGCUAAUUAUAUUUCUGUGCUUGUUGAUGCCUCAAAUCAUAAGUCCGUAAAAUUAGUUCCUGUAAUUGUUAGAUAUUUUAAUCCAAAGAAUGGGAUUAAAAAUGAUAUUUUGGACUUUUCGAGCUUACCCGGAGAAACUGCCGAGUUAAUUCACAAUAAAAUUGUAAGUGUUUUGAAAAAAUUUGAACUCGAAGAAAAAAUAAUAAGCUUCUCUGGAGAUAAUACUAACACAAACUUUGGCGGUAUUGCUAGAAAAGGCAAAAAUAAUGUAUUUUUAAAAUUAAAAAAUACAUUAAAGCGUAAUAUUUUGGGAUUAGGUUGCUGCGCACACGUAAUACAUAACAGUAUUCAGUAUGCUGCGGAUAGUCUUCCUAUUGAUAUUGAAAUAAUAGUUUGUAAAAUAUUUGGAUAUUUCCAUAUUUAUACCGUACGUGUUGAAACAUUAAAAGAAUUCUGUUCGUUUGUUGAUGUUCAGUAUAAAGAAAUAUUAGCACACUCCAAAACAAGAUGGUUAUCGUUAUAUCCGGCAAUUGAAAGAAUAAUAGAAAUGUUUAGUGCACUUAAAUCGUAUUUUUUAUCCCAAAAUAACUGUCCAAACAUUUUGAAAACAUUUUUUAAAAAUGAAACUUCUAUUUUGUGGCUUAACUUCUUACAAAGUCAAUUGAAAACUAUAAAUAUAUACAUUAAAAUAAUUGAAAAUCAAAAGCUUUGCGCGGUGGAACUUAUACUAAUUAUGGAAAAAUUAACUACAAAAUUAAAAAAUAAAAAAGAUGAUUUUUUUUUACCAAGUGAUAUUGAAGCAUUACUUGUUCAUCUAGAAGAAAGUGGUGAAAUAAUUAAAUCAGAGUUUAAAGAAACGUGUACUAAAUUUUAUGACUUAUGCAUAAAUUAUAUAACAGAUUGGACUGCUUCAAACCAACAUAUACCAGAAUUAAAUUCAUUAACAUGGGUUUGUUUGUCAAACAAAGAUGAAAUAAAUUGGUCCAACAUAAAGCCAUCUAUUUCUUUUCUAAAAUUAAAUUUUAAUAUUACUUUAAACGAGGAAGAACUGUAUGAACAAUUUUUAAGAAAUAAAACCGAUGAAUGGCAAUGCAAAACAUCUGAAGAAAAAUGGCUGUCAAUUUUUAAAUCAUUUAAAGAGAAUAAUAUUGAUUAUUCUAUGUUAUUAAAAAUUGUAGAAUUUGCAUUUGCAUUGCCUGGAUCUAACGCUGCAGUGGAGAGAAUAUUUUCAUUGAUGAACAGUUGUUGGACAAAGUCACGAGGUAAUUUAUGCAUCAAUACAGUAGAAGCUACUUUAGUCAUUAAGACUAAUUUGGAAAAUAAACCAUGCCAACAAUUUUAUGAAGACAUUUCGAAAAAUAAAGAUUUGCUCAUUCGAGUUCAUAAAACUGCAAAAUAUUCAACAACAAAUCAAAAAUCAGAAACGGAAGCUUCUGGAUCUCAAACAUGA